AUGGCAUCAACGUCGCCGGCACGCUGCGUCGCACCCUGUACCACCCCCUGCACCCCCCGCACGCCGCCAGAAACGCCGCCGCCACCGCCAGCACCGUUGGUCUACCAGUGGGUCUUGCCAAGCCCUGGCCUGCGGACGCCAGGGCGUCCGUUCAAUGACGACCCAGAAGUGUUCGAUUUAGAAGAAAAGCAGCAUGAGGGAGCCUGCGAGUGGUGGGAGGCUAUUAAGCGAGGCAGCGAGGAGAAGAAGGAGGAGGAGAUAGAGAAAUACUGGGACGAGCCAAUUGACUACGGCAUGGAUUUGUUUUACAUGAAUGAUGAAAAUUAGUAAAAAGUUCAACUGACAUUCUAUCUAUGUACUGCUUUCUCACCUGCCCCACUCAGUUCAAUGAUACUUACAAGUAAAUCACGUUGAAGUACAUUUUUGGUUUUGCAAACCAUUAAUCUGAUGCAUUCAAUUUUCGACCGUAUAGAAUGAUUCAGCAUCACCUGUUCUUGGCAUUACUCAGGAAUUACACACUACUAGACAGUCCUUAAAACAAACAAGAAGUAUUGUUAAUGGCGGAAACAACAAUUGCACUCGCCGAGGUGACCAGCGAAUGUUAGGCUAUGGCCGGAUUCUCGUCGGUUCGGUCCAUUUUAUUUGCGUAUCUUUUCCGACCAAGGAAAUAACUAACUGGAACUAGCCUGGACCGGACCGACAAGGAUUCCUACAUUGCCCUGGCCACAAAAUCUUCUCUCGUAACUCACCAGAAAAGAAGAAGUUAUAAUUUGAAUCGCUUCUCAAUUUUGGCUGGAGUAAGACACAUUUCCGAGCAUUUCCUGUGGAGUGACUUUUCUACCUCAUACAUCCUUAAUCCUUGUAUUUCUGCAACACGCUCAUAAAAUUAAACGACAAGUUCAUUGCUUUUUUUAUUUUAUAU